AUGGGUUUCGCCUAUGCAGCAGAGUUUCGGAAAAGCUUCAAUACAGCUGAGGACUUCUUCAGUGAGCUUGCCGACCUUUUGCGGAUGCUGGAUAUUGCUUGGUUCCUGGUGGCCGCCGCAAUCGCCUUGGUUAUCGAGCCCUGGCUGCAUUUGGGUGCCAGGGCAUCGGAAGCUCUAGGCAUCCUGGCAACCUUCACAGAUUGUGGGCGACACCUCGCAGGAUCUGAUGGCGUCAAGUGGACGCCACCGCCAUGGUACACCUUGACCACGAUCUUCGCAUCGCUCUCCAGCCACGCAGCUGGCAUCCUCGGCUUCGUGGGCUUCCAGAAGAUCGUGGUGGCCAGGAUCGUGUCCACCAGCCAGCCGAGGGCCAACUGGUCGGCGCCCAAUUUCCUCCUUCUCACCAGCAUCGCCAUUUCCAUCACGGCGAUCUUUUCAAGCCUCGUGUUUAUGGGCGUGGACUACUUGCGCCGCCUGGCCAUCGAUAGUGCACGGAGCCGGGGCUUCCGGCUGGUUUUCAUGCGCGGCAAGCUGGAGCGCACAGGACUCGGGAUGGCGCUGAUCAUGUUAACCUUCGUGCUGAUCGCACUGUACAUGCUUGUCAUCUACACGGAGAGACAGAAUUCGAAGAAACAGGAGCCAUCUCCAGAUUCGGCUGUCAACGACUGGGGUGACAUGAAAGUGUUCUGGGACAAGGCCUGCAGCUGUGCUACCGUCCUUCUCUACUUCUUCAACCUUCGCAGCCUGUGUGAGUCACCCAAGGUGCAGUUCCACCAGACUGUCGCAAGUGCAGACGAGGAUCUGGAGCAAAUCAACAUCAAGGACUACUUGACGAAGUUCUGCAAUCGCCGUGAUGAAAGGUCCAAUUUCCGAAGCUGCCUGGCCUACCUUGCACGUGGUUUGGCCGGGGAGGACAUCGGCCUCCUGUUGAAGAUGGGCACGCGCCGUGCCUUAUUCCCGAAUCAGCGCUUUGCGCCGCUUUUGCACGUCGUCGGUAUUCUGAUGCUCUCUGGCCUGCUGCCUGGCAUCUGUCAGUUUGCCACGGAGCAGCUCUUCGACGACCCACAGAUUCUGGAAGUGAGGCCAAUCUCGGCGGACUUGUUGCCUGCUUUCGAUGCCGAAAGCAAUCGCAGAAAAUAUGCUUUGCUAUUGGGCAAAGAGCCUCGUCUCCACGUGAAGACCAAGUCCGCGCAAACCUCGAGUAUCGAGAUCUGUUGCGAGACGGAUCCAGACAACUGCACGGAUUACAGGCUCGAGCACUCACUGAUUCAGUUCGAUGAGAAGCCCGCCAUCCUCGAGAUUCCGGCUGCGGCAUCCACGAAGUGCAAACUGACUGCUCGAGGCCUGAGCAAGAAGUCAUCGACGACGCUGGACUUGAACGUGGAGGUGAAGACCAUCAAGCAUGUGUGUGGCUGCGGCCUCGAUGCUGAAGCAGAGGAAGUACCGGACAUGGUGGCGAAAGAUUUCUGCACCCCGGUGCCAUGUGCCGUAGAUAAUUCGAACCGGGAGCCAGGUCCGUUGUGUAACUGCAGCAACGGCUAUGCUGGGAACAUUGUCUGGGAGGGGGCCCAAGUCAGUGGCAAUUGUACUCCUGCUCCAUGCUACAUUGAAAAUUCGACCAGGAAGCCGGGUCUUCAGUGCCAGUGCAAAGACGGUUUCUCCGGUGAGGUUCAAUGGCACCAAUCCAUUGCAUCUGGUGAAUGUCUGCCAGCUGACUGCGGCAUUCAAUAUUCCAUAGGCGCGGGGCCGGAUUGCAAGUGCAUGGACGGCUAUGACGGCAACAUCAGCUGGAAACGUUCGCAACCUCUCGGUCCAUGUGUGCUGGCAGCAGGCUGUGCAGACAACGUUGAAAACAGCGUGGGCGAGGGAGCGAAAUGCAAGUGCAAAGAUGGUUUCACAGGCAAGGUUCUUUGGCAGGGUGCAGUGCCUCAUGGAAGCUGCAAAGCCACAGCGUGCCACAUAGAGAACUCCAACCAGCAACCCGGUCCUGGCUGCAAAUGCAAGGAUGGCUAUGUGGGUGAUAUAAGGUGGCACGGAGACCGUCCGAGCGGCACUUGUACACCGGCGCCCUGUGCGAUCAAGAACUCCAACGAGAAGUCGGGCCAACAGUGCGCCUGCCUAGAUGGGUUUGCAGGAGAGAUCACAUGGAAAGGCAACACACCACAGGGACCCUGCAAACCGGCGUCAUGUGCAAACAUUGCAAAUGCAAAGGGCAGCGGAAGAAAGUGCAAGUGCAAAGAUGGCUUUGAUGGCACGGUGACUUGGUCGGGUGCCAAUGCUUCGGGAGACUGCGAGCCUGCAACCUGCACAAUCAAAAACUCCAACCAGGAGGAUGGACACGCAUGCAAGUGCCUCGAGGGCUUCGGGGGCUUUAUUUCUUGGUGGAAUUCACGUUCCUUCGGCAGCUGCCUUCCGCUGCACUGCCAAGGGCCUCAUUCCAAUGGCAAGAAGGGCCCUGGUUGUGGUUGUACGGAUGGGUUCUUCAUGAAUGGGUCCAAGGAGGUGCUCCGCGCACCUUUGAAAUCGUCUCCGGGCUUCGGAUUGGGAAGAGCCAUUGAAGUCGAAUGCCUACCUGCUGCGUGCACUAUAGAACACUCAAACAUGAAGCCCGGCAAAGAUUGCGCUUGCCAGGAUGGGUAUCAGGGGCAAAUUUCCUGGAAAGGUCAAGUUCCGAGUGGUUUUUGUGUGGCAGCCCAAUGUUGGACUGCAAACUCUAAUGGCAAGCCAGGCUUGGAGUGCAAGUGCUCAGACGGUUACUCUGGCCGCAUCACUUGGGAGGGCACAUGGGAAAGCGGCACAUGUGUGCCGGCUCAGUGCGACAUUGAUAACUCCAAUCACGAGCCGGGGCACGCAUGCAAGUGUGAGGAUGGUUUUGUUGGAGAUAUUUUGUGGAGAGAAGACUGGCCCACUGGGAGCUGCAAGCCCGCCCCUUGUAACAUUCAGAACUCCAAUCUGGAGCCUGGACGGGCCUGUCGGUGCAAAGACGGUUUCCAAGGAGAGAUCACGUGGCAUGGUUCAUCAGCCACUGGAACUUGUGAGCCUGUGCCCUGCCGUGUUCUUCACUCUGACCAUGCGCCGGGUCCUGCAUGUCGGUGUUUACGCGGCUUUUUUGGCCGCAUCGCAUGGAGUGGCCCUGCAGUGUCUGGAAUUUGCGUUCCCCGACCACUCUGUCGAUUUGGAGACGCUUUCCAUGUGACGAGACUGACCGCAGGACUGGUAGAUGCAAACAACAACACCUGCAGAGCAGGCCAGGCCAUGCUUGUCCAUGGCCACCGGCAACUGGCACAUGGUAGAAUGAGCAGACAUGUGAAGUUUAAAAUGAGGUGGACUUCUGCAGACGCCUUGCCGCCGGCCAAGUGCAAGGUGGUGCCCGACCCAGAGCACUUCAGCCUCACAAGCUGGUGUGCAGCGACGCCUGGGCAGCCGCUGUGCUCCCCGCAAACCGUCUAUACGGUGACCAGCCGCAAUGCAUCUCACUAUGCUUGCGAUGGUUGCAAGACGCCGGAGCAUGCCUUGACUGAGUUUAGAGGCAGCCGUUGUGGAUAUGACCUUAUCAAGUGGGAGUUCUUCACCAUCAACCCUGGAUCGCCUGAUGCAUGCACAUGCAAUCUGUCCUCGAGCUGCAGCGAAGUACCUGCAGAUGAGCUCCCCAGAGCUUGUAUCCAGGCCGCAGAGCCUGCGGUUCUGAGCUUUGGCUUUGCAGGGAAGGAUGAGCAGGGCUUCUUCAUAUUCCAUGAGACCGGAGAGCUCCUUGCAACAACAUCCAGCAAGGGCAGUGGCCUCAAGUCAUUCAGAGUCGUAGAACCGCAUGGUUUGGGUUCGCAAAGGCAGGCUCUUCUGGCAGGUGGAUGA